CGGACACGUCGUGAGCACGUUGUUUUCUCGCGUUUUCGCGUAGAUUAUUUAGAAAUAAUCCACAAAAAUGUCGUCCCACUUAAACUGGAUGAUUAUCCGCAACAACAACGCCUUCAUCGUGAAGAAGCGUGACAUCAAGAAGCCGUUUAGCAAGGAGCCCAACAAUGUGACUAACCUAAGCUCGUACAGAUACAACGGCCUCAUCCACAAGAAGGCCGUCGGCGUGGUUGAGAACCCGGACAGGAAGGGAUUCACAGUGGUCACCAAGAAGGCCAAGGCCACCAACAAGCCAGUGAAGAACAUUGUGCGCCGUUCCUUCAAAACCGGCGCGAGGAGAUCUCUCUUCAAAGUCAAGAGGUUGCUGAAAGCCAACCACUACCGCACCGACUUGACCAAGGCUACCCUCCGCCGCGCGUCUGCCAUCCUCAGGUCCCAAAGGCCCAUCAAGGCGAAGAAACCCAAAGCUGCCGCCGCCAAGACCGAAUAAGAUGUGUAUGUAAGCUG